AUGAUCCUCAAGCUGCAGAAAGAUUUCAGGAAAGUGUUUGAUCCUUCAUUAGAAAAUAAAAGAUUACUGCAGCAAAAGAAAUACAUAGAAUGGGCUGGAUCUCUUGAUGGAUUGUCGCCACAUGUGCCAUUAUACAAAGUAAUGGAGGAAAAUGAACCUUGUUUCUUCACAACAUAUUUCUCAUGGGAUCCUUCUAAACCAUCAUUGUUGUUGCUGAUUGGCUUCAAAAGUUGUGUUGUGCGAACAGGCUGUUUCAUAGCUAUAAACAAAGAUGAGAUGCUACAAAUGAUGAGGUUUGGUGCUAAAAUGGUAUUCAGUUCAAAGGAUAGUACAAUCACAGAUGAAGAUAUUGAUAGAAUCGUUGCUAAAGGAGAAGAGGCAACUGCUGGGCUGUUGGAAGUUGGAACUUUGUGA